UCGGACAAAGUAGAAGCAGGAGGGUGCCACCACAAAGUUACAGAUCGAACUCAAUAAUUUCAUGGAGGCUCACUAUGGUGGCUGACUUCAGAGUCAUCCCUCGCGCAACUUUCUUCCGAGCUCUCUUCCUUCUUCUUCACGGAAGUUCUUCUUCAAAUAACGAAGACCAUUCUUGUUGUUUCUCAGCAUCCAUGAAAGCAACACAGAUAAAGUUGAUAUUUUAUAUUUGAGUGCAAACAAACGGACGGAGCUUUCGUGGCGAGAGAAGUUAGGCGAUAUGGGGACUGCCGGCACAGACUCUGCUGAAACAAGAAAUAUCAAAAUAGCGUGGCGUAUCAGUCAGGCUGGGAGUUGUUGUUCGUUUAGACGACGAAAGGGCCUAGAUUUCUGUUUUUGAUAUCUUUAACUAAAGUGUGUCAAAAUCACGAGUUGGUUUCUUUCUAUUGGAGUUCUAAUUGGCCGCAGGAAUGGAUUCCAGGCGAAAUAAUUUUGCAAGGUUUCAAUGUUGGAGUUCGGAGAAAUCUUCCAGUUUUGAGCAUCAACAUUCCAUGAACGAUCGAAAAUAUUCAAGAAACAGUUCUAGAACCACAUUUGGCAGAUUGUUUGAGAGUUUUCGGAGAGGAUUGUUUGAGAGAGGGUCUGAGACAUAUAAAAGUUUGGAAAACAACCCAAUAAGCAUCCCUUCUCAUGUAUAUGGUCAGCCACGAAAAGAUCACUCAGGUCCUAAGAAGACUAAAGUCCUUGAUCCUGAGGAUCAAUUUCUUCAAACAUGGAACAAAAUAUUUGUGCUUUGUUGUGUGGUAUCAGUGGCAUUGGACCCACUCUUCUUUUACACCCCAGUUUUGAAGGUGAAUGAGAAGAAGAAAUGCUUAAGCUUUGAAACGCACGAAACUUUGGCGAUUAUUGCUUCUGUUCUUCGUUCAGUCACAGAUGCUUUUUAUGCAAUUCAUAUAUACUUUCAGUUUCGAACUGCGAUUAUCCCACCUGAUUCUCGUCAUGUGUUUGGAAGAGGAGAGUUGAUUGUUGAUACUAUGGCUAUCGCAAAAAGAUAUUUGUCCACAUACUUCAUUAUCGACAUUCUGGCAAUCCUUCCCUGCCCGCAGGUGGUAGUUUUCCUUCUCUAUCCUUCAUCCAAAAAUGCAGUUCCAAUGGUGAUGACGGAAAUGUUGAAGUUCGUAAUCGGCAUCCAAUAUGUGCCGAGGCUUUUGCGGAUCUAUCCAAUAUAUGCAGAAGUAAUUAGAAGCUCUGGCGGACUAACUUUGACAGCAUGGGCUGGAGCUGCUUCUAACCUUUUCCUCUUCAUGCUAGCCAGUCAUGUAGUUGGAGCGUGUUGGUACUUCUUUGGCACCGAACGACAGGAUGCGUGCUGGCAGAAAAUGUGUAGGAAAAUUAACGGUUGUCGAGAUAAAGAUUUUUACUGUGGAAAUAAACUUGACCAAGCUGACUUUGUGGGUCUAGUUAGUCAGGCUUGCCGUAUUGUCGAACCAGAUGAAACUAUAAAAUCAACUGAUUACUUCGACUAUGGAAUAUUUACUACAGUUUUGAAGUCUGGGGUUGUGGAAUCAAGAAACUUUUUAGUGAAAUUCUCUUAUUGCUUCUGGUGGGGUUUCCGCAGUCUAAGUUCUAUCGGCCAAAAUCUGGAAACAAGCAGCUUUUUUUGGGAGAUAGUCUUUGUUGUUUUCAUAGCCAUCUCUGGGUUGGUCUUAUACUUAUUACUUAUUGGCAAUAUGCAGAUAUAUCUACAAUCUAAUACAAUGAGGAGAGUACAAGUAAUGUGGGUGAGGAAGGCUGAUUCAGAACAAUGGAUGUCCAAAUAUAGGCUCCCUAACUGUUUAAGGGAGCGGGUUAGGCGAUAUGAAUCUUUCGAACAGCAACAACUAACCAGUGUCAUCCGUAAACUUCCGAAGGAUCUCAGAAGGGACAUAAAGCGCCAUCUUUGCCUCGAUCUUCUUACGAAGGUGCCCAUGUUGGAAAAGAUAGAUCAACAACUGUGGGAUCCGCUGUUUGAUCGUCUCAAGCCAGUACUUUACACGAAAGACAGCAACAUUGUUCGUGAAGGGGAUCCUGUGGACGAGAUGCUCUUUAUCAUGCGAGGAAACCUAGCCACUUUCACUACCAAUGGUGGAAUAACUGGUUUUUUCAACACUGAUAAGCUUAAAGCCGGUGACUUUUGUGGAGAAGAGCUUCUUACUUGGGCCCUAUAUGACCGGUCCUCGACCACAAUAUUCCCCCUUUCAACAAGAACAGUGGUGGCAAAAACAGAGGUUCAAGCCUUUGCUCUAAUGGCUGAGGAUUUGAAGAUUGUGGCUUCUCAGUUUCGGAACAGCAAGGAGUUGCAGCACACUUUCAAGUUCUACUCCCAACAAUGGAGAACAUGGGCGGCCUGUUUUAUCCAAUUAGCUUGGCGCCGCUACUCUAAGAAAACCCAUGAGAGGGCUUUGCGUGAUGCUGAAAAUAGACUGCAAUUUGCUUUGGCAAAUGAAGCUGGGACCUCCGCAAGUCUUGGUGCAACUAUUUAUGCAUCAAGGUUUGCUGCCCAUUUACUUCAAGCCUUGCGACGACCAAAGGGUGGACGCACCAGUACCAGAGCACCGCAAAGAGUGCUACAGCUACUACCACCGAAGCCUGCUGCGCCAGAUUUCAGUGCUAAAGGUGAUAAUACUGCACAGGUGCCACCUACUGCAGUUGUUAAUAUUGUGCGCACGGAGAUUCGUGCAGCUCUUGCAGAGCAUCGAGUGGGUUUGCUAGAGGACAUGGAGAAGAUCAUUAUGCCCAUCAAGACUCGACUGGCAGACAUGGAGGGUCGUUUGACUGCUAUAGAGAAGGUGGUCAGGACUCGAGGUCUUUAGCCUAUUUUGGAGUCUACAAAAGCUGCUACUUUGCCAUUUGUUAAUGUAUUUAAUUUGAAUGCAAUUACUUGUGCAUAUUUUUUAUAUAUUUUAUUAGUAUGAUUGAUUGUGUAAUUUUUUUAAUAUAAAA